UUUUAAGAGAAUAAACCCUUGUGGUAACUUCACAUAAUUCACCAAAAACACAUUACAAUUCAUCAAUGUAUAACUUUCACACUAUUUGUAAAUGCAGAAUUAAUCUGCCGUUACAGAGACCAAGAGGAUUGUCGAGAUUUUGACCAAAGGCAACGGAUCAUUUUCUGAAGAAACCCGUAACGUAUCUUCUCCUUCUUCUUUUCUCUCCUGAGUUUUGCGCAUAAAUGCAUAAUUUCAAAUUUCGAUUCGAAUCGAAGAAACAGUGAAGAAUCUUCGGCGAUUUUGAAGAGAUUUUGGAAGUUAUGGAAGCGAAAACCGGCGGAUCUAACCAACAUCAGCCAUCAACACCGGCGGUGUCUGCUCCUCCGCCUUCAACGCGGCGGCCGAGGGUUAGAGUAGUCAGCUCGAGAUUCAUGUCCCCGGUUUCUUCUCCAUAUUCUUCAUCUUCAUCCGCCGGAGAUCUCCACCUCUUGACUUCAAAUUCUCCAAAGCACAGCCACCAAAUUCAACGCUCGGUUUCGGCUCAGAGGCACAGACGCCAGUUAAAAAUGGCCGACGGCGAUGAGGAGAAUCGCUCUUCCGUGACGGCGGCGCGUAGCCUAGACUCCCCAUUUACUCUCUCGCUAGGCGGAAAAAGCUCGAAACAAAGUCAAUCGAAGCCGCUCAAGGAGAACUCGCACCGGCUCGACACGCCAACGCCGAUUGUUCCGCCGCCGUCUAGAUCGCGACUAAGCCAGCAGCGAUUACUAACUGCUUCAUCAGCCGUCGCAAGGCUUUUCCAGUUAAGCGUCGCAUCGGCCUCUGGUGAGAAAGAAGGAAUCAACUGUCAAGAGAAAUCUAAAGGCUCAGAUCAAUUGCCGAAGCUUUCUGGUAGAACUCAUUCUAAAGUCUUCAACAAUAACGUACCUUCUCCUCUUAAUCGAUCUCUGAGCUCACCAUCGUCGAGCUGCAACGGUCGUGAGAGCUCUUCGUUCUCGCGGACUGGGUUGUCUUUGCCUCCGGUGCCACCAAACUCGAAGAUUCCGGCGGAAACUAAGAAGCAGAGGAAGCUCUCUGAGCAAUUAGAAGAUGUGCAUUCUCUGAAACUCCUCCACAAUCGUUACCUGCAAUGGAGGUUUGCAAACGCAAAUGCAGAAGCAAAGACACAAGCUCGAAAAGCACAAACUGAGAGCAUGCUCUAUUCCUUUAGUCUGAAGAUCUCAAAGUUAAACGAUUCGGUGCAAAGGAAACGCAUAGAGUUUCAACGUUUAUCGAGAGUUAAAGCUCUACUUGCGAUUACAGAAUCUCAAAAUCCAAGUUUGGAGCAAUGGUCUGCGAUCCAAGAAGAGUAUUCGGCUUCGUUGUCACAAACAAUCCAAGCUUUGUCCAAUGCUUCAUUACGGCUUCCACUCGAUGCGGAUAUCGUGGUUGAAGAUAAAGAAUUAGCUGAAGCAGUGGUUGUUGCUUCCAAGGUUAUGGACGGCAUUACACAAAUUGUUGGAAAGUACAUGUCAAAGGCAAGAGAGAUGGAGAGUUUGGUGUCAGAAUUAGCAAGAGUGAGUAGCAGAGAAAGAUCAUUGACAGAAGAUUGUGGAGUCGAGCUUCUUAAAACGCACGCUCUACAUAUCGAAGAAUGUUCUCUCAGGAGUCAACUUAUCCAGCACCAACAGAAGAGUCAUGGUAAUGAUAAGUGAAGAUAACUCUUCAAGCAGAGAAUGUAUAGAAAAAACAUAACCCAAUUCACAGAAUGAAAGAAAAAAAGGAUUUAACUUCUUCAAAUCGAAAGACUUUUGGCAAACAUCACACUUAAAAAGCAUUAAAUCGUUCAAUGUCCACGAAAUCAAAAGAAGAAAAACGAUAUUCAUCUAAAAUCGACCUAGAAACCCGAAAAAAGAAAAACUUGAUUGGGUUUUGAUAGGCUCAUUCGAAGGCCCAUUGGUUCUCCCUGCGAACCUCUUCUUCUUCCUCUGGUGUAAAAUCGUUCUCGAUGCCGAACUUUGCGCGAACCUCCUCUGCGGUUUUGCAGGCAGCGAUCAUGUCAGCGAUCGUCUGGCAAGUGAGAGCAAGCAGGCUCUCGAUGUUUAGGUAAUUCGAGGCGAGGAUGAGCUCGAAGAUCGUGGAUUGAUCGAUUUGCAUGAACUCGGCGUCCCACUUCUUGAGAUCCUCCUCGGAGGAAGAGCCGCCACCAUCGGCGUGCUUCUUGCAGUACUCCAUCACUUUCGAGAGGACCUCGCCUGUGACGUUCGCAAGCGGGAUCUCGUCGCCGGCGCAAUCGUCCUCGACGAGGUGCGCUAUCGUCUGCGACUGGAGUGCGACCGCUUCGUCGACCUCGAACGUCUCACCAUCGGAGCACUUCAACACAAUCUUCUUCGUCGACAUCGUUCGUUCGUUGUUGCGUGGCGAUUUUCUCUCUGUAGAAAAUUGGAGGAAAGAUUCAAGGGAUUUGAGACAGCGAUUGAAAUCACAGGACCUAAACCCUAUGGGUCUGUCUGUUUAUAUAAAACCUAAUUUUGAGAGUCGGUGUCGAUUUUGUUUUGUUGAGAAAUUGGGAAUUCUUUUUCGAAAAGGAAAAAAACAAUAAUUAACCCGGAAGUAAACCAAAUCUAAACCGGAUCCCAAAUGUUUCAGGCCUUUUUUUGUUGUUGCUUUUUGAACUUUUACAAAUUUUUUUAAGUCAGAAAAGUAAGGUCGUCAAUAAAUCAAUUUCAUAUAUCCGAC